AUGGGCUUGAAAAAGUGGCUGGGUCUUGAUUUUUCGGCGUCGCAGCCGGCAGGACAUCGUGCCAAGGACGACGAAGCGGACGAGCGACAACCACAAAUUCAACGCCGCCACACGACGUGGGAAAUGCAAACCCGCACACCCACGUACGCGCCGACGCAUCAAGCAGUUAAUUUUGAAAGACGACCAGACUCUUACCAGCAGCACGAUCAUCGAUUUUCAUCCACCGUACACAACGACACCUCGGCAUCGAAAAUGUUAACGCCACCGCCUCAGUACGAGUCGGACUCGGAUGUGUCUCUUGGAGCUGACGAUGACUUUGUUCCGGCUCCAGAGUUAGCUUUAAGAUCUAACACUAAGACGGCAAUACUAACGGAGAAAACCUCAGAGCAUACCGAUAUUAGCAAUGUUAAUCGUUUUUCCUGGAUAAAUGUACUAGGGCGUUCUUCUGACUCGGAUCAGGGACAAAAUGCUUUAAUGAAAGUGACAAAUAAAGAUGAAGCUGCAAGAUUGAGAGAUAACAAAGCUACUUGCAGUAUGGUACCCAAUCCUGACAUAGCUUUGCGCCCAGAAGAUGAGGGAAUGGGUGUGGUGAUCCAGGGCUGGCUCGAGAAGUGUGGACAACACUUCAAAACUUGGAAAUGGCGCUUUUUCGUGCUGCGCAAUGAUGGUGUCUUGUCGUACUUUACAGAUGAGACUGGUAAAGUGCUGAAAGGGUCUUUGGAUCUCGGAUAUGGAUCCAAGGCAGAAGUCUCAGUGCAGUCGAAUUCGAUGGACAAGAAUUUUGUCUUCGUCAUUUCGACACCGCAGCGGAAUCUCAUGAUCUCAGCGCCGUCGCAGCACAUGAUGGCCAAAUGGAUCGCUCUUUUGCAUAGAGCUGGCGCGCUGCCUACUCAGCCAUGGGAUCCGCUUCGUAAAACUGUUAAGUUUUUCGUUAACGACACAGUGUGCAAUCACGAGUGGAAACGCUUUGACGACCCGACGUCAUACAUUCAUAUGGAAGGUCGUCUGCUGAAGCGUGGCCACUUGAACAAGAACUGGAAAACCCGCUUUUUUCGGAUUCAACAAGGUGAAUUACGGUACUACACGGAGAAUCAAAACAAAUGUAAGGGUUCAGUUCCACUUAAAGAUACAAUCGUUAGCCCUGGCAUGGCACAGUGUCCUGACGGGCGGAAGUACUAUUUUGUAUUGACGUCUAAGGACAGCAAAUUUGAGAUGCACUUAAACGCUCACAAUGAAAAGUCAAUGCAUUUGUGGAUUGAGGCGCUGCAGGAAGCACAGACGGCUCUAAGUAAAGUGGCAGGCAACAAGGAAACUGUCGCAGGUUUGUCUCUAGUGAUCAAGCGCGCCGAACAGAUUCCGUUGGGAAAGAUCAAGGUGCUUUAUAAACGAGCUGAGGAUAUCGAUAUUGAAAUGGACAAGCGCACAGAGGCUCUUAUUGUGGUAUCAAGUCCUCAAAAACGUGGGAUUGCAGUGGGUAGCCAACUUAUCUCUGUCGAAGGCCGCAGCAUAUUGAGAGAGACGUAUAAAAAGGCUCGUAAAAUUCUACGCGCGUCGUCAUUCCCAUUACAGCUGGAAUUUUUAUUACCUCCAUAUAAGCGCGGAGUUUUGAUUAAAAAGUCCCGCUCCGGUUUUGAAAACUGGAAGAGACGCGUGGUUGUUGUGACGAACGGGGAAAUACAUUACUACAAGCAAGCGUCGUCGUUUACUGGAGGCAAAAAGUCUUCUGCCGAGCUUAAACAUUGCAAGUCCUUUUCAUUGUCUGGUUGCUAUUUAAACUUGAUAAAAAUACCAGAUCGAGACCUAUGCAUUGUUGUGGCACGAUCGCCCUCGGAUAAGCUGGUUUUACAAACGCGCACUGAAGAGGAGCGCAUGGAAUGGGCGAGUGUUAUUUAUUGCAGUAUCCGCAUGGUGUCGCAAGGUGUCACUGCGGGCCACAUCGAGAAUUUGAACUUAGAGCAGACGCGAUUUGCCUGCAAGCGUAUGCCCCUAUAG